UCGCCGUAUUCGAUUUCGAAUCCAUGCUACUUAAACUAAAAGGUGACGCCACGGAGAAACUUGAAUGGACCCACCAGCAUGUUCCCAUCAGUGUCAGCGUCUGCUCCAACGUCCCCUUUCACAAGGAACCCGUGUGUAUCGUCAACGCGGAGCAAGAUGAAUUACUAAAUGAAAUGGUGGACACCUUAACCAGAAUACAAACAGCGGCCGCUACGUACGCCGGUGAAAAAUGGGGCCAGUAUUUAGAAAAACUGAAAAAGUAUUUGGAUUCUCUGAAUGAAGACGGCGAGGAAUGCACAAAAGAAGUCGAAAAGACAAAACUUCUUUAUGGCAAAUUGAAAGCGUACAUGUCGACGUUGCCCGUACUCAGCUUUAACAGCGCCAAAUACGACUUGAAUUUAGUAAAACAAAAGCUGGCCAAACAUCUGCGCAUGCAUGAGCAACAGUACGGGUUCGUGGUCAAAAAAGCCAAUUCGUAUGCCUGUCUGACGACCGACCGCUUCCGGUUUCUGGAUAUUAGCCACUUUUUGGCUCCUGGGACAUCUUACGCCGGGUUCCUGAAAGCCUAUAGGGUCGAGGAAACUAAAGGUUUCUUCCCCUACGAAUGGCUCGAUGACCCGGCCAAGCUAGAGCAUACGAAGUUACCUCCUCACGAGGCCUUUUACAGCGCCCUUAAAAAUGAGAAUAUCUCAGAGGAGGCAUAUACCUUUUGCCAGAAAGUGUGGACGGAACUAAACAUGUCCACAUUUAAAGAUUUUGUUGUCUGGUAUAAUAACCUGGAUGUGGGUCCCUUCGUCACGGCAGUGGAACGUCUACAGAAGUUUUAUUUCGAUAAAGGCAUCGACGUGCUCAAGACGGCCAUUAGCGUGCCAGGUAUAGCCCGACAGCUGCUUUUUAAAUCGGCGACAGAAAAGGGUGCCGAAUUUUCAUUGAUCGAUCGGAAGAACGCCGACCUCCAUGCCACCAUCAAAGAUAACAUCGUCGGAGGUCCUUCCAUCAUUUUCACCCGUCACCACCAGUCAGGAAAGACGAAAAUCAGGGGAGGUAAGACUUGUGAAAAGGUGGUGGGGUACGACGCUAAUGCCUUGUACCUGUGGGCAAUUGGACAGGCUAUGCCAGAAGGCGCGUUCGUGCGUCGUAGAGUCGAAAACGCUUUCAAACCGGAACAUAGGGAUCAGUAUAUGCAGGCGUUUAACUGGUUGAAUUAUUUAAACAAGUACGAAGGGACCCAUAUCCUCCACCAAAGGAAUCACGGCAAGGAGAUCCGCUUCGGAAAAUACCCAGUAGAUGGUUAUGACUCCGAGACCAAGACCAUCUACGAAUUUCAGGGGUGUUAUCACCACGGACACCAAUGCGUCGUCACCAAAAACGUCACCAACGAAAGGUGGCAUCAAAUCAAAGACGCCCUGAUGGAGAGGACGGAAGAAAAGGUGGCUCAACUGCGCCGUAUGGGCUUCAACGUCGUGGAGAUGUGGGAGUGCGAGUUCCGGGACUAUUGUAAAACCCAUCCCAAAAUCUACUGGAUUCGGGAUCAGUGUCGCCCUAUAUUUUGUCAAAAACACCGCGGCAAAGUGACCGAAAACCAAAUUUUAAACGGGGUUCGAACUGGUGAGCUUUUUGGCAUGGUAGAGUGCGACAUCGAGGUCCCGGAAGAAUGGGGUUGCGAAAAGUCUCACAUAUCUUUAUCUCCCCAGCAAUAUUUCGAGGAAAUGUGCCCCAUUUUCUGCAAUACGGAAGUUGGGUUUGACGAUAUCGGGGAGCAUAUGAGAGCCCACGUCUGGGAAUACCAGUUGAGUGACAAACCAAGACGACUUCUUGUGGGUGGUACUAAAGCUCGCCAAAUCCUGCUCGCAACACCUCUCCUUAAAUGGUACUUGGAUCAUGGACUUUAAGUGACUAAAAUCUAUCAGGUGGUUGAGUACAGAAAGAAAGCUUGCUUCGAGAGUUUCGUGGAGGAAGUCAGCGACGCCAGACGUGCCGGGGAUGCUUGUAAAGACAUGGCCAUCAUCGCCGACACCAUGAAGCUCAUAGGCAAUAGCGGUUAUGGUUCAAUGAUAAUGGAUAAAACCAAACACCGCAAUGUGUUUUACGUGGAAGGGGAGAACAGGGCGUGCUUUGAGGUCAACAAACCGCAGUUCAGACAAACCAUGUGUCUGGACGAUGACGAUCAAUAUUACGAAGUGGAGGCGGCUAAACAAAGAAUCAAACUCGACCUUCCUGUGCAAUUGGGUUUCUUUAUUCUGCAGUACGCCAAACUAAGGAUGCUGCAGUUUUAUUACGACCUUUUGGACAAAUACGUGGACCGCUCCGACUUUGAAUAUAUGGAGAUGGACACGGACUCUGCGUACAUGGCUAUAUCAGCGUCGAGUCUCCAGGAGGUCGUAAAGUCCGAAAAGCUGGCGGAAUACUGGCAUGGACUCACGGGACUGUGCUACGAUAAGUACAAUCCCGUUGGAGACCGCUGGUUUCCCCGCGAAUGCUGCGACAAGCACGCCAAAUAUGACAAAAGAGUGCCCGGACUCUUCAAAACGGAAUAUGAAGGCGAGGAGAUGAUAGGUCUCUGCUCUAAGACCUACAUCGUAAAAAGCACAGAACAGGAUUAUAAAUUCAGUUCUAAGGGUGUGUCUAAGCGCCUGGUUGAAGAACCUCUAAAUAUCUUUAAAGAGGUGCUGCGUACCGCAAAGCCCGCAUCCGGUAAAAACAAGGGGUUCCGCGUAAGAAAUAACGGGGUGUAUUCUUAUCAACAGACCAGGUGCGGAUUCUCGUACUUUUAUUGUAAGCGGAGAGUCCUUGACGAUGGUAUUCACACAGUACCUUUAGACAUUGUUCUGUGCCCUAGAAAAGAGAAAACGUCUAACGGUCCAGAACCCAUGGAGGUAGAGGAUUUGAUAGACGAACUUUCGGAACAGGAUUUAGGGGACAUGUUAUCAUAAAAUGUAUAGUGAAAUUUGUAUUUCAGUUUGGAUAUGUGUAUUUCAUUCAAAAUGUUGUAUAAAGUUUAAAACUUAUUUUGGAAAGGUUUUGAAUUCAUUUUGAAAAUUU